CGCAGUUACUGCACCUAACAGCGCAGCUUUUUCACGCUCUCCAAUGUCAGUGUUAUGAGACGUGUUCCAUAAGCUCACAUUGUAGUUUGAGCACCGGGACGAGGCGAGUAACAUCGUAUUUUUAUGUAUAUAUGAGAAGGCUGCGGCCUCAUUUGGACAUACUUAAAGAAGAGUAAACAUUGUUGCCGUUUAUGUGCUGACACAAGAUGUUUCCAGCUAGCAGAUACUCCAGUAAAGCCCACAGGUGUAUCAGGGCACUGAAGGCAGUCCAAGUGGACCAUGCUUCACCUCAGCUUUACACCACCGUACACAACAGACGAAGCUGCUCCUCCGUGUCUGCUCCUCGCAUCACAACACACUACACCAUCCACCCCCGGGAUAAAGACCCAAGAUGGGAAGGCGUGGAAAUGGAGAGGUUCGCCGACGAGGCAGAUGUGGUCAUCGUGGGCGGCGGCCCGGCGGGUCUUUCGGCAGCCAUUCGUCUGAAACAGCUGGCCAACGCGCAGGAGAAGGAGCUGCGAGUGUGCCUGGUGGAGAAGGCCUCGCAGAUUGGGGCACACACCCUGUCGGGGGCCUGCCUGGAGCCCAGCGCGCUCUACGAACUCUUCCCCGAUUGGAAGGAGCGAGGGGCUCCUCUCACCACACCAGUGACCGAGGAUGUUUUCAGCAUCUUGACAGAGAAGCACAGGAUUCCUGUUCCCAUGUUGCCAGGUCUGCCCAUGAGGAACCAUGGCAACUACAUCGUGAGGCUGGGCAACUUUGUACGCUGGCUGGGCGAGCAGGCCGAGGAGCUCGGAGUGGAGCUCUAUCCUGGUUACGCCGCUUCUGAGGUUUUGUUCCAUGAGGACGGAAGUGUCAAAGGAAUCGCCACCAAUGACGUGGGCAUCGCCAAAGACGGCUCCCCCAAGGACGUAUUUGAGAGGGGCAUGGAGCUCCACGCUAAAGUCACGUUGUUUGGAGAGGGCUGCCACGGCCAUUUGGCCAAGCAGAUUUACAAGCAGUUCAACCUGCGUGAGAACUGUGAGCCACAGACAUACGCCAUCGGCCUCAAGGAGGUGUGGACGAUUGAUGAGAAGAAGUGGAGACCCGGCCGAGUGGAGCACUCAGUGGGCUGGCCUCUCAACAGGAACACGUAUGGUGGCUCCUUCCUCUACCACCUCAAUGAAGGAGAGCCUCUGGUGGCCCUGGGCUUUGUGGUCGGUCUAGACUAUUCCAACCCUUACCUGAACCCCUUCAGAGAGUUCCAGCGUUGGAAGCAUCAUCCCUUCAUCGCCCCCACUUUGGAAGGAGGCCACCGGAUCGCUUACGGCGCCCGCGCCUUGAACGAGGGCGGCUUCCAGUCCAUCCCCAAGCUGACAUUCCCGGGAGGCCUGCUGAUCGGCUGCAGCCCCGGCUUCAUGAACGUCCCCAAAAUCAAAGGCACCCACACGGCCAUGAAGAGCGGCAUGCUGGCGGCUGAGGCCAUCUUCCCCAAAGUGACGGCAGAGAGCUCAGAGUCGGAUACGGCGGGGCUCCACAUUCCUGAGUAUUCUGAGGCCUUAAAGGCGUCGUGGGUGUGGAAGGAGCUUCAUGCAGUGAGAAACAUCAGACCGUCCUUCCACAACUACUUCGGCCUAUACGGCGGUAUGGUCUACACGGGUAUCUUCUACUGGAUCCUCAGGGGGAAAGAGCCAUGGACGCUCAAACACUGCGGCCGCGACGCCGACCAGCUCAAGCCGGCUAAAGAGUGCAUGCCCAUCGAGUACCCCAAACCCGACGGGAAGAUAAGCUUCGACCUGCUGUCCUCCGUGGCGCUGAGCGGCACUAACCACGAGGGCGACCAGCCCGCACAUCUCACCUUGAAGGACGACAGCGUGCCCGUCAACAGGAAUCUUGGCAUCUACGACGGGCCCGAGCAACGCUUCUGCCCCGCAGGUGUGUACGAGUACGUUCCCAUGGAAACGGGUGAUGGCAUGCGUCUGCAGAUAAACGCUCAGAACUGUGUGCACUGUAAGACGUGCGACAUCAAGGACCCGAGCCAGAAUAUCAACUGGGUGGUGCCGGAAGGUGGAGGUGGACCAGCUUACAAUGGAAUGUAAAUAUUUGUGCCCCCCCCCAAACAAACACUUGAACGAUGACUGACUGUAAAGUAACAUGACAUUCGGGCCUCUUAGCAGUACUCAACAUGUGCCUACUGGAGGAAAAUGCUCAUGUGUUAGAGUUUGAAUUUCUUAAUAUAUGAUGAUGGAAAUGACAACUUUCUGUAUUGCUGCCAUAUAAAGAAAGCGGGCGUUGAACAUGUUAUUUGCAUAAAGUGGCCUUUGUCGUAGUUUUAAACAUGUCCACCUGUAAUAAAUAUAUUUUUAAAGACACAA